CGUUGGCUUGCUUUGCUUUUGUUGUGUGUGUAGUGCAGACUGGAGCUGAGGCAGAGGCAGAGGCAGAGGCUGGGCUCCUCUGCUGCUGCUGCUGCUGUGGGCUGGACUGGAUUCCACAGCCUGAGCUCCACUGACAGCACAGGCAGACAAAAAGGACCCGAGCCAACACAAGGAAAACACUGAGACUGAGCUGGGAGAGCCGGGGCCGGUGCUCCCAUCCAGUCUGAGCAGAUUCUGAGCGGAUGUGAGGAUGAGGGAGAGUUUGCUGACCUUGGGUAAGAAGAGUCAGAUCCCGGAGAAGAAAGAUGUGGCGUCACCUGCUCAGCUGGCCGCGGCAGGACGUGUUCACCGAGCAGACGUUGGCUUUAACGUGAAACGCUCUUCUUCCUGUGGCGGAUUCGACACCUUGGCCAUAGAACGCGUUUAAUAGCUCAUUUUACACCUCUGUCAUCGGAUUUGAUGGACCGCCUUUGGGGAUGUUUGCUUGGAACCUAGCUGCACUUCAGUGACCCCACGCAGGGUUUGGGUGUAUCUCUUGGAUAUUACAUGGUUACCUUGGAUCUAAUACUUCGAUAACAAUCGCUGGGAUAUUUCAGGGAUUCUCCUCGAGGGUUUUUUAACACAAGUGGAGGUCGAGCUGUGCCGGUGGUCGGCACUUGAAGAGUUUGAUUAUCUCUAAGAGGAGGAUUUAUCUGGAUGUUUCCUGUGAAGAACAUGGAGGGCCCUCGAUCCAGCGGCCUCCGCAAGAAGAGGAAGUCCAGGUCGGAGCGGGAUCGGGAGAGGAGAUCAAAUGGGAUAAGGAACAACCACGUCAAGGGGGGGUCGGUGGUGUUCCGCUUCUCGUCGGAUUCGGAGCGGGAGGGUUCCAGGGAGCCUUCCUCGUCUCGGCCCAGACCCCCGCGGAGAAAGCGAAAGGAGUCUAGUUCAGCGGAGGAGGACAUCAUCGACGGCUUUUCCAUCACGGGGUUCGUGUCGUUGGAGGCUCUGGAGAAGAACCUGAAACCCCAGGACUGCAGAGACAACCAGGCCGGACCCCUCCACAAGAAGAAACCGGCCCGGGUCCCCAACGGGUACCCGAGUCUGGAACCCUGCAAGAACAAUCACCACCACCACCAGCCUUCAGACCAGGAGAACAACCCCCGCCUGGCGCAAACCCACGGCAAGAGGAAGAAGAAGCACCUGAGCAAGAAACACUCCACGCUGAAGCCAGGACAGAACAACUGUAAGGACAGUGACAGCGAGAGCGUCAGCGGAGAAUCCAAACCCUCCAUCAGGAGCAGCUCCAGAGACAGGCUGACGGAUUGCGACACAGAGAGCGAUCAAGACGACAAGGGUUCCGAUGCUGGAUCAGAGAAGUUUUUCAGCACAGCAGCAGUUAAAGUUCCUGAUUUUGGCUUCGAUGUCCUUUCCACCAAUGGCGGCCAGGAGCCCCAGGGCCCCGGGGUCCUCAAGGUGUCAGGCCUAGAGCGCAGUCAGGAGAGGAGUGAGGAGAGCGUCAGGGAGGCCCCGUCCCCGGCACCCAGCCCCCCCGGUCAGCCUCUGCUCCCCCAGUCCCUACCGGCCGUCCGGCCCCUGUCCCCACGCCGGAUCCAGACCAACGGCCCCGCCCAGGCUCCGGCCACGUCCCACCCGCCGCCGCCGCACUCAGAGGCUCCUCCCAGGCCUCAGACGCCCGCAGCCCUGCCUCUCGCCCAGGGCCAAGAGCCCUCGCCGCCCCCCCCUCCCCGGCCCCAGCACCAGCCUGAAGUACUGUCGCACCCCCGGCCCCCGCCGACGCCCAGUCUGCACCCGCACCCGCCGUCGCCCGCUUUGCCCACCCACCACCCGCAUCAGCAGCAUCCCAGUCAGGCAGGGCCCCACCGGCCCCCGUCACGCUGCCAUCCCCGGCCCCUGUCCGCCUACAACGGCCUCAGCCUCAACGGACACAGCAGCAGCAGGAGCAGCACCCCCGGCUCCAAGCCCCACGGGCCCCCCGGCCCCCCCUUACACCUCCCCCACCACCCGCCUCCUCCAGCGGCGGCCGCUGCAGCCGCCUCCACCUUCCCGCUGCCCUUAGCGGCGAACCAGAGCGCCCCCCACAGCUUCCCCCCUGCCUUGCAGUCCUCGCCACAUCCACAUCACCCCAAUAUGUUCGCUCCUCCAGCGGCUUUGCCUCCACCGCCGCCGCUGACGUCGAGCGCCCUGCCAGUACCCGGACAUCCUGCUGCUGGGAGUGCAUACUCAGAACAAGAUCUUUUGCGUCAGGAGCUCAACACUCGUUUCUUGGCGUCCCAGAGUGCCGACCGCGGCGCCUCGUUGGGCCCGCCCCCCUACCUGCGCACCGAGUUCCACCAGCACCAGCACCAACACCAACACCAGCAUCAGCACCAACACACCCACCAGCACACCCACCAGCACACCUUCACGCCCUUCCCCCACGCCAUCAUGCCCACCCCAGCACCGCCCAUGGUGCGUACCCCUGCCAGAAAUUUUGACAAAUACCCAACAAAAGUCGAUCCCUUCUACAGACACAGUCUGUUCCACUCCUACCCACCGGCCAUGUCUGGUCUUCCCCCCGUCAUCCCUCCGACCGGGCCGUUCGGAUCGCUGCAGGGUGCCUUUCAGCCGAAGACCUCCAAUCCACUGGAUGUGUCGGCCAGACCGGGUGCCGUCCCACACACAUUCUUACAGAAGGACCCCAGGCUAACGGAUCCUUUCCGGCCCAUUCUCAGGAAACCAGGGAAGUGGUGCGCCAUGCAUGUGCACAUCGCCUGGCAGAUCUACCACCACCAACAGAAAGUAAAGCAGCAGAUGCAGGUCGACCCUCACAAGUUAGACUUUGGCCUCAAGCCCGAGUUCCUGAGUCGACCUCCAGGCCCGAGUCUGUUCGGAGCCAUUCAUCACCCGAGCGACUUGGCCCGACCCGCCACGCUCUUCUCUGCAGCAGGUCCCACCCACCCAUCAGCAGGUCCCUUUGGACACCCACCACACCAUCCUGGAAACUUCCUCACCCCAGCGUCUCACUUAGAGCCUUUCGGCAGACCCACUUCCUUUGGAGGACUCGGAUCCCUCAGUUCUUCAGCCUUUGGUGGACUCGGAAAUCCAGCACUAAAAUCCCUAACAGCGGCCAACUCCAUGUUCGGCCAUAAAGACGGCCCCAACGCGCAGCAGCACUUCAACAGCGGCGGCAACAGCGGCCACCAGGAGCCGUGGAACCGCCUGCACCGCACGCCGCCGUCCUUCCCCACGCCGCCGCCGUGGCUGAAGCCCGGAGACUCGGAGCGCAGCGCCUCGGUCAGCUCGCACGAGAGGGACCGCGACUCGGACAAACGGGACUCGAUGGUCGGCAAAGACGACAAGGACAGGGACUCUGUCGAAAAGCGUCACCCGAGCCAUCCAUCCCCAGUCCCCAUCAAUCCCAUCAACCUCCUGGGCCACAGCCGGCCUCCGGAGCACCACAGGAACCACCUUCCCCCCACCUCUGGUGAACCCCCCAGGGACAAGGACAACAAGGCCAAAGACCGGGACAGGGAGCACUCGGACUCCUGGAAGGACUGCAGCACAGACGACCACAAGCUCAAAGACAACCAGCACAGCGACAAGGACACGCCCAUCAUCCACGACGGCCGCGUGUCCGAGGACAAGGCGUCCAACCGGGGGACGACGUCGCCCUACAUCCGGCAGACGAGCCUGGAGCGUCCCAACGGCGGCCUGAGCCGGGACGUCCUGGACAAGAAAGGGGAGCUGUCGUACGAGCACCAGAAGAAGAACAGCGAGAUCAAGGUGAAGGAGGAGAGGAAGGAGGAGCAGGACGGCGCCCCCGAGCGGCCGGCGGAGCAUCCCACCCAGGCGCCGUCCACCCCCAACCUGCACCCGCCCCCCUCUAACCUACACCCGCCCUCCUCCAACCUGCACCCGCCCUCCUCCAUGCCGGUGCCCAUGGGCAUGCCCGGCGUCCACCCCAUCAACAGCAUCAGCAGUCUGGAGAGAACUCGAGUGGUGGCGCCCUUCAUGGGCAUCAGCCCCAUCCCGGGCGCCGACCGCUUCCCCUACCCCGCCUUCCACUGGGACCCGAUGCGGGACCCCUACAGGGGCCUGGACAUCCACAGACGGGACCCUCUGGCCAGGGACCUGCUGCUGAGGAACGACCCUCUGCACCGGCUGGCGGCGCCGCGCCUUUAUGAGGCGGAGCGUUCGUACAGGGACCGUGAGCCGCACGACUUUAACCGUGACCACGCCCACCCUCUGGCCCUGGAGCAGAGGAGGGAGCAGGAGCGCGCUCAGUUAGAGGAGCGCGACCGCCUCAACAUGCUCAGAGAGGACUACGAGCACGGGCGCCUCCACCCCGCCAUGCACCACCCCGCCCUUGACGGACACCUGCCACAUCCCGCCCAGGGCCUCAUGGCUCCCGGACUUCCCAGCAUGCACUACUCCAGGGUGAGCCCGUCAGCUGCGGCGGCGGCAGCGGCGGCCGCGGCAGCCACCGCCCACCAGAACGGUAUUCUGAACAAAACCCCCCCCACGGCCUCUCUGAGCGCCCCGCCCCCGCUCAUCCCCACGCUGGGCGCCCGGCCCGGCUCGCCCAGACGGACUACGCCCCUCGCCACAGACAUCAGAGACAGACCCGCCCACAAAGACAUCGAGGCACGGUGAGCGGAGCCUCGGCGUGGGAGCCCCUGUGCCUCAGACACUGAACUCACCCAGCACUUAGCUUCGGGCAAAGCGAGACUGUAACAUAGCUGUGAAUAAGGGAUGUGGGCGGAGACCGGCCCACGCCAUCCAAUGUUUUUGUAUAAAACCUCAAACAGACAAUAAUCAUCCGACAAAAAAAUUAGACUUUUUCAAAGUUUUUUUUUUUGUUUUUUUUCCUCCAGUUUGCUCCAGCUUUUUGUGUGCAUUCUUUCUUGUAAAGCCAGUCAGACCAGGAUGGGUUGGAAUGUACAGGUCCUUCAAACACUGACAGACGAAGGGUGUAGAUACUGUGUACAGUCGCCGUGCUCACUCUGUAUGGUACAAAUAUGCAAAAGAAUGUUUUGAAAGCUUUACUUUGAACAAAUGUAAAUAGAGGAGUACGAGGUGGUGAUUCAGAAUGUGCUUUUUGCUAUUGUUUUUUUUUUUUCUAGUCGUUUCGGUUGAUACAGCUGAUUAACGUGACACCAGAGACCCCCAUAUUCAACUAUGCAACAAAAUAUCUGGGCUCCCUUUCUGAAAGCUGGCCUUCACACCACAACUGACUGUGUACUGACAACAGACAACGCUGUAUUCUCCCCGCAACCCGGACCUCUACUGACACAAAAACAAACCCACACAAGCUUUAACCGCUCUGCACAGGGUUUAGAGGAGCCAAAUUUGGAAUGAAACGAAACAUGAAGGUGCAAACGUUUAAAGAAUGAGUUCCUCUGAUAUGCUAAAUUGUGGUGACAAUCCUGGGAACAGUUGCAUUUCAAAGGAUUUUCAGCAUCAAUAGUCAGCAGCACAAACGUAAAAGCGUGUUUUCUCGUCCGCGGUUUGUAGCAGGUCGUGUUCUUGGGGGAGGAUACGGCGCCAUAAACACCAUGACAGCACAUCAGCCCUGCAGACGGAGUGUAAAGUACAUGUUUUGGAAAUAGGUUCUGUUGGUCGAACAGUGUAUUCAAGUGCUUUCCUAAGUUGUUGUACCUACAAAAUCAAAAGACAAAAAAAGCAAGUCUAAACGACGGACAGUUUGUUUCUAAUGAGCAGAGAUCUAUUUUAGUAGUCCACUGAAGGUUUAGUUGUGCGCUUCAAACUCUGUGAUAUCAUGUCGUGCAGUGUUUUUUAAUCCAAACAUAAAAAUGUCCACCGGAGCCAUAGUGGUUUAGUCGAUGCGUACUGCAAAAAGAUUGUUAAAUGAGAAACUUUUUUUGCUGUUUACUAUGUACAGGAAAAAAAAUGAAGUCUUUCUAGAUCAUGUACAAAAAUGAGAAAAAAUGAAGCGACUGAAUCUUCAGCAUGCUCCUCAUUUAAACUUGUGUUAUGUAAAUUGUGCCAUGUUAUUAAAAAAUGUGUACUAA